AUGGCGUCGUUUAUGGUGGAAACAUUUUGUGACAACUCUCAUUACGGACUGAGAAAGUUUGGAGGAAUCAAGAUAAAGCUAGACUUGGAGGGUUCUAUUAACAAAAUUCAGCGUCCAAGUUCUGGGGCGGAGUUGCCCCGUAGCACCGAUUUCACGCCUCUACCCAUAGUCCGGAGGGCAAAUUCAGCUCAAAACAUGAUGAUGGAUGAAGAUGUUGAGCAGGCCAGUUUGAUGUCUUUCAAUGACAGGCCGAGGGCUUUUCCCAACAUGCGUAGUAAAACCUACAGUCCAUUGAUUUUCCGGAUUCUUAGGAAAUUGAAUGUUCGUGUUCUUUCUAUACUUCUACUAAUCUGCUUCGGAGCCAUCUUUUACAUGGGAGCUAGAACUUCUCCCAUCAUCUUGUUCGUCUUCAUAGUGUGCAUCUUCAGCUUCCUUUUGUCAGUAUAUCUAACCAAGUGGGUUUUAGCGAAAGAUGAAGGACCUCCAGAGAUGGUUCAGAUAUCAGACGCUAUACGUGAUGGAGCUGAAGGGUUUUUCAGAACGCAGUAUAGCACUAUAUCCAAGAUGGCCAUCUUGCUAGCUUUUGUGAUUCUUUGCAUAUAUCUAUUCCGUAACUUGACUCCCCAGCAAGAGGCUGCUGGUUUAGGAAGGGCGAUGUCUGCCUAUAUUACUGUUGCUUCAUUUCUUUUGGGGGCGUUAUGCUCAGGUAUUGCUGGAUAUGUUGGAAUGUGGGUGUCAGUUCGUGCUAAUGUGCGGGUCUCAAGUGCUGCUAGACGAUCUGCGAGAGAAGCAUUGCAGAUAGCCGUUCGUGCUGGUGGGUUUUCAGCCCUGGUUGUUGUUGGUAUGGCUGUGAUUGGUAUCGCUAUCCUUUACUCAACGUUUUACGUUUGGUUGGGAGUGGAUACACCAGGCGCAAUGAGUGUUAAUGACCUGCCUCUUCUUCUCGUGGGAUAUGGUUUUGGUGCUUCGUUUGUUGCCUUAUUUGCUCAGCUGGGUGGUGGAAUAUACACUAAGGGAGCUGAUGUUGGGGCAGAUCUCGUUGGAAAAGUUGAGCAGGGUAUUCCCGAGGAUGAUCCUCGAAAUCCUGCUGUUAUCGCUGAUUUGGUUGGAGACAAUGUGGGGGACUGUGCUGCUAGAGGGGCUGAUUUAUUUGAAAGUAUAGCUGCAGAAAUCAUCAGCGCAAUGAUAUUAGGCGGAACAAUGGCUAAGAAGUGCAAAAUUGAAGAUCCAUCAGGCUUCAUCCUAUUUCCUCUGGUUGUUCAUUCUUUUGACUUGGUAAUAUCAUCAAUUGGUAUAUUAUCAAUCAAGGGAACACGUGAUGCUAGCGUUAAAUCUCCGGUAGAGGACCCAAUGGCUGUACUUCAGAAAGGAUAUUCUCUGACUAUUAUAUUAGCCGUUUUGACUUUUGGCGCGUCCACUCGCUGGCUGCUUUACACUGAACAAGCUCCAUCUGCAUGGUUCAGUUUCGCUCUAUGUGGGUUGGUUGGCAUCAUCACAGCCUAUGCCUUUGUCUGGAUAUCAAAAUAUUAUACGGACUAUAAGCAUGAGCCUGUUAGGACGUUGGCUCUUGCUAGCUCGACUGGUCACGGGACCAAUAUAAUUGCUGGGGUCAGCUUGGGUCUGGAAUCGACAGCUCUUCCUGUCUUGGUAAUAAGUGUUGCUAUAAUUUCUGCUUAUUGGCUGGGCAACACCUCGGGACUAGUGGAUGAAAACGGAACCCCCACUGGAGGUCUAUUUGGAACAGCUGUUGCUACAAUGGGAAUGCUAAGCACUGCAGCUUAUGUUCUUACGAUGGACAUGUUUGGCCCCAUAGCUGAUAAUGCUGGUGGGAUUGUCGAGAUGAGCCAGCAGCCAGAAAGUGUCCGUGAGAUCACUGAUCUUCUCGAUGCUGUUGGGAACACAACAAAAGCAACAACAAAAGGGUUUGCCAUUGGAUCUGCUGCACUGGCGUCGUUUCUUCUUUUUAGUGCGUAUAUGGACGAGGUUUCAGCGUUUGCUAAUGUGCCUUUCAAACAGGUUGAUAUUGCUAUCCCAGAAGUCUUCGUAGGUGGAUUAUUGGGUUCCAUGCUUAUUUUCCUCUUUAGUGCUUGGGCAUGCGCAGCAGUUGGUCGAACUGCACAAGAGGUUGUUAACGAAGUAAGAAGACAAUUUAUUGAGAGGCCUGGCAUAAUGGAGUACAAGGAGAAGCCAGAUUAUAGUCGCUGUGUUGCCAUCGUCGCAAGUGCAGCUUUAAGAGAAAUGAUAAAGCCAGGAUGUUUAGCUAUAGCAUCACCAAUUGUAGUUGGUUUGGUGUUCCGAGUCUUGGGAUACUACACGGGACAACCACUGCUCGGAGCUAAAGUUGUAGCUUCUAUGCUCAUGUUUGCAACAGUUUGUGGUAUCUUAAUGGCACUUUUCCUAAACACAGCGGGUGGUGCUUGGGACAACGCAAAGAAAUACAUAGAGACCGGUGCGCUCGGUGGCAAAGGAAGUGAAGCCCACAAAGCAGCCGUGACUGGUGAUACUGUGGGAGAUCCGUUCAAGGACACGGCCGGUCCCUCAAUUCACGUGCUCAUCAAAAUGCUCGCGACUAUAACUCUUGUCAUGGCUCCGGUUUUCCUCUGAAAGAGAACCGUUACCUAUCCGUUGUUUUGCCCUAAAGACCGUCUCUUGCACAUAUACAUAGAGAUAGGGAGAGAGAGAGGUUGGUUAUGAUUAUGAAUGAGUCACAUGAAUCAAUGCUUUUGUGUUUCAUUUCAUCUGAAUAAAACGAGAUGUUUUCUGUUUUUUUUUAGUUUAGGGGACACUUUUAAGCGAUUCUAGAGACAUUUUAAUCAACUACAUGUUUGACUUUAAGGAUCUUCUUAACUCUCACUCUACUAGAUUUCAUCUUUCUAGCACUUUUUACUCUUCU